AUGGCUCACUGCCCCAAAAAUGAAUACUUUGAUAAUUUGCUGCUCUCUUGUAAGCCUUGUCAUCUUCGAUGUUCUAGUACACCACCACCUUCAUGUGAGAACUACUGCGAUAAGAGUAUUGAUUCAAGUGGAGUUCUUUGGAUGUGUUUGGGCUUAGGAGUAGUUUUAAUGCUCACUCUGUUUACCUUAAUGGUGGUGUUUAAAUGGAAGCACCUAAAGCAACUAAAAGAAAAACUGAAAAACACAGACUCUUCUGUGGAGAUGAAUAAUAUCCUCCAGGAUAAUACUGAAGGCAGUGUCAAUACAGAAGGAAUUAGACACUCACUGCAAAGUGAAACAUUAAUGUAUUCAGUGGAAGAAUGCACUUGCAGUGACUGUGGCUUGGUAAAACCUCAGACUGGCUGUGAAACUUCAUUUCCAUUACCAGCUACAGAAGAAGGAGCUACUGUUCUAGUUACCACAAAAUCUUUUGAUUAUUGCAACUAUAUUCUGGGUGCUGGAUGA